AUGACCAGACACAAGGAGCGAACACUCGAGAACCUUUACAAUGUGACUCCCGCUUUGUCUCAGCCAGAGAUUACUCCAGUCUUAAGUGGUUCCUUUAGGAUGCAAGGGCCCCCUGAUGAAGCAGAUUAUGACUUGCAGCUCAAUAUGGUAUCUCAAUCUGAUAAGGAUUUCAGUAGUUGUUCUGAUAAAAGUCAAAAGGUCAACACGAGGGCGAAGUCUGGAACGUGUAACGUGUGCUCUGCGCCUUGCUCCUCCUGUUUGCAUAAUUAUCAGGUCAUGAUGGGUACAAAGACAGACAAAUUUUCCGGAGACACCUGCACAGAAAAUGCUGUAAUUGACACAGGCAGAAGAUUUGAAAUCGGGCAGCACAGUGAGACCAGCAAUGUAGUAGGCAUAAAAUCAGAAGUUGAUUCUUUCUCUGAAAAUGUAGUAGGUAAAGCAACCUUGAGGAUUUCUGAUGCAUCAGAAGAUACCAUGACACUUUCGCAGUAUGAUGGGGUUAAAUUUGUAGAAGGGCAUGAUGAUAAUUUAUCAUGUAUAAGUGAAGCUAAUGAAGCAAAAGUGUUCGCAAAUGGUGUCCGAAAUGGAGAUGGGACAGAUCUACCCCGUUCCUUUGCAUCCAAUUGUAGUCAAGUUGAGAAAUCUAAAUAUACAAUUGGUUAUCAGACUUCAUCUCAGCCCAUGGAUAAAUGUGAUGUUGAAGAUGGUAUGAUACAGACUAGUAGGCAGAGCAAAAUUUGUGGAGAAUUCUCUGAUAAGGUGCCUCCUAGUAGCUCACCAACGGGACCAUCUUCACAAAAUUUAAGCUUGAUGGAAACUCCCCUAACAAGCACUGGCAAUUCUUCUGAGUUGGUGAAGGUAGAGAACACACUUUUACAAGCUUCCAAUGGAGAACCCUUGUGUCCUCUUCCUCAAGGGAAACAGUUGGAGUGCUCACAUGAUCAGUUGAAUUCAAUGUCGAUGAAAGAGGUAGUAUCUGACGUUGUUUGUGAUAAUCCACCUGGUGAUGCUCUCAAUUCCAUUGAGAAGAAUAAAGAUAUGGAGGUGGAAGUCCAUCAUUCAGCUGAGAAAGAUGACUCUGAUAUGGAAGAAUUGGAUGUCAAAGUUUGCGAUAUCUGUGGGGAUGCCGGUCGUGAGGAUUUGCUUGCUGUCUGUUCUCGGUGUAGUGAUGGGGCUGAACACACUUAUUGCAUGCAAGAAACACUGACUAAAGUCCCAGAAGGUAACUGGCUGUGUGAAGAAUGCAAGGUCGAGGAGCAAACGAGUAAUCAGAGGCAAGAUAAGAUUGGAAAGAUAGAUGAGAAGGAGAAAAACAACUCAUUUGGUCAAGCAAGUAGUGAAAAUAUUAAUACUUUUGAUGUUGGAAAAAAAGGCUGUUCAAAUAUGAAAACUUGCGGCAAACGGCCUAGGGAUGAGAAUGAAGUUUCUUCUGUGGCAAAGAAGCCUGCCAUCGAAUCGAUCAUGGCUUCACCAAGAAACUCCAGCUCUAGCAAAACAGCUGCUCUUUCACGUGAGAGUUCAUUCAAGAACUUAGAUAGAGGGAGAAUGCGCCCAAUAAAUCACUCUUCUUCUGCCACACUGCCAGUUAAUGAUACUCUGGAAUCAGCACACGCUGCUCCUGAUCCACGAAUACAGAUAUCUCGAGGUACAUUUUCUAAGUCUCGUUCAUUUAAUUCUUUGAAUUCAAAACCAAAGGUCAAGCUUGUAGAUCAAGUUUCUCUUCAGAGGCUUAAAUCAGUAAGAGAACCUGCUUCUCUUCAUCUGAAGGAGGGUACAGUUAAAUCUAUAGGAAAAUCUACGUCCUUCAAAUCUACGAAUUCGGGCCGUUUUGAAUCAAAAGUGAAGAUGAUAUCUCCUAGACUGACCCAUGUCCAGGAUAUCAAACAUAGAAAAGAGCGAAGCUCUUUUGAAAGGAAGAGCACUUUCAAAUCAGAACGUCCAUCGGCUAAGCCUACUAUUUCUAUGUCUAACGAUGAUAAGAAACUAGGAUCUCUGGGUGAAUCUUCUUUGCUCACAAGUCGCCGUGAAACAAAGGCUGCACUACCUGACAGUAAAUCUGCAACGUUAUUGAAAUCAUCCAGUUUCGUAGCCCGAAGGAAUUCAGAUUUGCCAUUUCCUUCAGGUGAAUUUAAGAGACCCUCGUCAUAUGCACAAAGUACAACUGGAAUUUCGUCUGCCAACAUGGUUAGCAAUUUUGGACAGAAACUUAACCAGACUGUCUCAAAGGAGGAUUCCUCAUCUUGUGCUGGUGUUGCUGAGAGACCGCCGUGCAACACAAAUGAAGGCCUACAUGAUGGAUUGCUUCAGGCCAGGGAAGCAACAAAUUCUGGUGAGCAAAUGAUGGAGCAUUCUGGGAAUCGCUUAUGGCAGGGUAAUACUAACGGUGGAAGGGCCAUUUUUUGUCAAAAAUGUAAAGAAUUUGGACAUUUAGCACAAUCUUGUGCAGCUGAUGAUCCUGGAUUUCCUGCUGUUGGUCCAACUGUAAAAUUUUCGAGGAGCGAAAAUGAUAAUCUAAAAGUGGCUAUUGAGGCUGCUAUGCUUAGAAAGCCUGGAGUCCACCGAAAUCAUAGAGCUUGGGUCCAAUCUGACGACUCAUCGGUUUCGUGCAUGAAUUCCGAAAUAGCUUGCCGUGAUCAAUUAUCAAGUUCAGGUGGCAAGAGAAACAUGUCCCCCGCCGCACAGAUUAUUGAGAGGCAUACAGUACCAAGUGGCUUGACUGCUGACUCUCUUAAACAAGAAACUUGCGACACAUCAAAGCAGUCCAUGUUGCUUCCUGUUGAGGCUCUGACAUCCGGAGGAGAGUCAGUGCCAAUUGCUUCAUUGGAUGGGAAGUCUUCCUUAGAAGGCAUACCCACUCGUGUCUCCGCUGCAGUUCCUAUUUGCUUGAAAUCUUUAGCUAUACCUGAGCACGAGUAUAUAUGGCAAGGAAGUUUUGAGGUUUUUAGAAGUGGUAACAUCCUUGACUUGCGGGAAGGAAUCCAAGCCCAUUUGUCGAUGUGCGCAUCACCUAAAGUUAUCGAAGCGAUUAGCAAGUUUAACCACAGAAUCAUCCUAAAUGAAGUGCCUCGUUCAAGUACGUGGCCGGUACAGUUUCAGGAAUUUGGUGUUGGAGAAGAUAACAUAGCUCUCUUCUUUUUCGCCAGAGAUCAUGAGAGCUAUGAGAAGAGCUACAAAAUUUUGUUGGAGAACAUGAUGAAGAAUGACCUUGCUCUACAGGCAAAUCUUAAUGGUGUUGAACUCUUGAUAUUUCCAUCUAACCAGCUUCCUGAGAAUUCUCAGCGUUGGAAUAUGUUAUUCUUUUUAUGGGGCGUGUUCAGAGGAAAGAAAGAGAAUGGUUCACAUCUGCCUGGAUCCUCAAGACAGUUUUGUACACCUCCUGAUAUUCCUCCAGCCAUAAUGCCCUUGCCUGAGAACAGAUGCUCACUUGGACCUAUAGCCAAGGAUGUGUCUUCUCGUGAUGAUGUAGUGCCAGAACCAGAGGUGUCUGCUUCGGGAAAUUUAUGGAGUUUAUUGUCGUCUAAAGUUGUAAAUAGAGAUUUUGAUACCAAAGGACAUUCUGUGGAUCAGCUGCAUGAUAGAUUAGAUUCCGUUUCCUUGUCUACCGAACGAAGUAUGAGUGCAAAAUUGUGCCACGAAAUGAGUGGCACUUGCCUGGAAGGAGAUACUGAUUCUGUCUUCACACAUGAAGUGGAAUCCUUGGCCUCUCUUCAGAUGACAGGAAGUGCUAACGGUUCUACGAGGGAACAAACGCUAAUUCAAUUAGAUGCUGCAUCUGAUAGACGACAGCCAUCUCACUAUUUCGGUAAAUCUCCUUCUGGCACCAAUGUUAUGGCUCCUGGCGGUAUCACUGGUGAGAGGAUUAUAUUGGAUAAGAUGUAUAGCACUAGAGAUCAAGUGAAAUUAGAUAAAGAAGCUUCUUUGGAGGAAAAUCUGGACAACAGAGACCUAGACAUGGAGGGCAACAGAUGGCUUUUGAACCAUGGCAAACAUCUGCAGGAUGAGUUCAAAUACGUGGUGCCAAAAAGUUUUUAUGCUGACACCAGUCAAGCGGUGCCCAGGAACAAUAGUGCCGAUGUAGUGCUGGAAAAGGAGAAUGGAUCUGGUGAAGGUUCCAACGAGAGUGUCAUCCCUGAAAGGUACUUCUUCCCGCCACAUAGUAUGAAUGGCAUGGGUUUUGUUAAUAAAUCCAUGCCCUGGAAAAUGCAUCCGGAAGUAGAGGACAGGCUUCACGAUAAAGUGCCGGACCUUGAGCUUGCACUAGGAGCUGAAAGAAAAGCAUUGCCUCAGGGCAUUCCACCCUUUUUGGUAGGGAAAUUGGAGAAGAAGAUAGCGGAGGAGCAUCAUCUCGACAACAGCAAGGCAGAUGAUGAUGCUUUGGCAUCUCUCUCCCUCUCUCUUUCUUUCCCGUCAUGA